GUUAGUUUAGCUUCAUACCUCAGUUGUGCGGUGUGGUAAUAACUUACCCGCUGGCUUUUAUUUUGAAGGAAAAUAGCUAGUCAGUUUUGCAUUCAUGAGCGCAUGCGCAGUAGUAAGCGCGGCAUGCAUUGCAGCUGGACAAGAGAAAAUCAAGAUAAAAGACAACAUGGUUGUCCACGGCUCAGAGGCUGAACUGUGAACGCAGAGAGCGCCACAUGGAGGCGGUGCUGAAAAACUUGGCGAGCACGGCGGAGCUGCUGGCGGCGGCGGCGCAGACCGGUGUGGUGGAGCACUGGGAUAAACAAACUCUGUCCAGAGCUUUUCACUGGGCCCAGUACUGCGAACACCUCUUCUCCAGGUUUCACGAUAACCCCCCGGUAAGGAGAGCUAUGGAGAAGCAGCUCCAGCUCACAAAUCAAAGUUUGCAGGCCGCCCUCCCUGGAUACUCAGGAGUCUCCUUCUCGGACCUCUCCCGGUGCCAGCACCAGUUGCUCGUUGGGCUGUUGAACAACCCUAAUCUUCCCACCUCCGUCAUGAAAAUACUCUUUGACAGCAGUCCUGUGGACACCCAGCACAACUCGUCAGCUGUUGGUGCUGAUGCUGAGGUGCAGGGGGUCAUGCUGAUGGAGAGGCUUGGUGCUGUAAUGAGCCAGGACAGUGAAGCUUGCAGGGCAGAGCACUUUUUAGACUCUGUCCUCCAGGGAUGUGAAGGAGAAGCAAAACAUUUCUGUCUGGUCAUCGCUGCAGCUCUGCUGACAAUGGAAAACGCAGCUGCAGAAACUGCUUCACAGGAUUUUCUCUUGGAAUGGCUGCAGAAAAAACACAGCGUGCUGGAGCACAUGUGCUCUGCACUACCUACUGCACUUCUUAUGGACCUGGCCAAAGAACAUGUGAAAUUUAGAGAUGCAUACUGUGACGUACUGAAAAACUGGGCCUCUGAUAUGGAGUACAGCAUAAAUGACGGUGAAUGGGUUCAAACCAGCACAAACCCCACAGUGUCCUUCCAGAAACUGACUGAGCACUUUCUGGCCUUGUUUGAGGCUUGUCCCUCUCUGAGGGACGAUGUAGAAAAAGAGCUAAAUGCUUUGAAGAUUUCUGAUGGAGACUUUGAUGUCAGAGGUCUGAGUGUGUGGGGAGACCUCUUGUCAGCAUUAAACAAGUGACUGUCAGUCUUGGAGUUUCUUUUGAGCUGGAAAAGCCAAAAUAAAGCCAAAUGUAUACGUCUAGUUAUA